UUUUCAUAUCAAAGUGUUAUAGAGAAUUAUAAACUAGAGCUAAAUCUUCCUCUAAACCUUCUUCUCUCCCUUCUCACAAGGGACAAUUCAGAGAGAGAGAAAGAAAGAGUUUUCAUAAAAUCAUAACCAUGUCGUCCCAACACAGUCAUCUAUCUUUUGCCUUUGGAGUCCUAGGCAACAUUUCAUCUUUUGUGUGCUUUCUGGCACCACUACCAACAUUCUAUAGAGUUUGUAAGAAGAAAUCUACAGAAGGGUUUCAAUCAAUCCCCUAUGUGGCUGCAUUAUUCAGUGCAGCGCUAUGGCUUUUUUAUGCUUACAUCAAGACAGGAGAAACUCUUCUCAUCACCAUCAAUGCAUUUGGUUGUGUGAUAGAAACUAUUUACCUAGCCAUUUAUGUCACUUACUGUCCCAAGAAAGUUAGGAUGUCAACAUUGAGGAUGAUUGUGUUAAUGAAUUUCGUCGGGUUCGGCACGAUUGUCGUCUUAACUCAUGUACUAGCAAAAGGAGAAGAAGGACGCGUAAAACUUCUCGGAUGGAUUUGUGUAGUUUUUGCUACUAGUGUUUUUGCAGCACCUUUGAGUAUUAUUAGAGUUGUUAUUCGGACCAAAAGUGUAGAGUUUCUUCCUUUUCCUCUCUCGCUUCUUCUCCUGAUAAGCGCGGUUAUGUGGUUGUUGUAUGGUCUUUCUCUCCGAGAUAUCUAUGUUACUCUUCCGAACGUAGUGGGGUUAACAUUUGGAAUAGUUCAGAUCACACUGUAUCUUAUAUACAGAAAGAGUACGCCAGUAAAAGAUGAGAAGCUUCCUGAACACAAAGGAGAUGUUGUUAUCAGCAAUGAAAUUGAAACCGUGGUUCCGGCUACAGAUGAUGAGAAGAAAAUUGAAGUGAGUGUUGAUAUAGAGAUUGUGAAUAAGAAGGAAGAGAAGAAAGAUGAACAGCAUGAAGAGAAGAAAGAGGAGCAAGUAACUGAGGUGAAGAGAGAGGUAAAGAAUGAGAAAGAGAAGAAUGAUGUGAGCAAAAGUGGUUGUGAAGUUUAAUGAAGGGAGAAUUGUUUGAGGGGUGAAUCUGGGACUGUGUUGUUGUUGUUGUUGUUGUGUGAUGUUCUAAUUAUUACGUGUAAGAUUGUAAGACGCGUAUAAAGAAGAAGAGACGGUGUGGAUAUUGACGUCUGUCUUUGUAUCUUUUAUCUUUGUUUACAAGUACUGCUUUUUAGUUAACUUUUUAUGUGAGUUUUUCUUUUGUGUAGUUCAAACUAAUUAUAAUAAAAUACAUGCCCCUUUUCUAGACAA